ACGGGGUACACCCUGGACAGGUCACCAGUCUGUCGCAGGGUGUCUUCUAAAUCCCUCUCACCGAAGUUAUGCGUUGAACACGUUGAAAUUCAACUCCAUUUCCCAUAAUUCCGUGUUUCCGGAUGCGGAAAUCUGAAACGGGAAAUAUGCAAAGAGUGAGCCGGAGAGCCUGCGAGGAGGGCCCCCUGCUGGAGGAGCAGGAGACAGAGGGCCAAAGGCAGCUGCACAGCCUGCUGCUGCAGCAGCUCCACACCGGCGUCGACGUUGACCGAUGUGUAGCAAAGAGGCAGUGCUUCGCCCCGGCGUCGCUCUAUCGGCCGUUUGGGGAGCAGGCAGCAGGAGUGAGGAGCCUCUCCCAGUUUCAGGCCCUGCAGGAUGGGGAGAAGGAAGUGGUCGGCCUGCAGGAACUGGGACUCACUGAAGCUGAGAUCCAGCUGUGGCAGAACAGAGAGGCACCAGACAUGUCAGGAGACAAGUCCAACGGUGUGUGUGCGGCUCCGGACGCAAGGCGGCAGCGUCUGCAAGCGAUCAGGGACAAGAUCGAAGCUAGGGCAGAGCUGCUGUCCCGACCGCAGCGCUUCUCCGCCAGCCGACCGCUCUCACGCCGGGAGAUGGAAAUCGAACAAGCGCUGUUCCAGGGGAACGACCGGCUGGGUUUCCUCACAGCUCUCUACCACCGAGACGGCAACACAGAGGAGAGCCAGCAGGGGGCAUCAUCCUCUGACCCAUUGGACUCGCUCUACAGAGAUGUUCUGAGGUGUCAGAAACACCUUUCACCAGAGGACUCUGAGGGUCAACAAGCAGUGGGAUCAACAUCUGGCGGUACAUCUGACCAAUCACAAAGUUCUCAGAGCCAUUCACCUCACCACGGGUCAGAUCUGCAGAGCGAAGACACAUCAGAGCAUCAGCAGGACAGAGCAGACGCAAAACCGCAAGCUCCUCCUGAACGGAUAGAUCUCAACCAGCCAAUCGGCAGACUCGGCGGCGCAUCGGGAGCGAAGUCAGGAAAACCGUUAACCGUCAGCGGGGAGAUCAAGACGCUUCCAGACGAAGAAAUCCUGAACAACCGUGAAUCUGUGGAGGGGAUCCGGCGCAUGGCACGCUUCCAAAACUACCAGCCGGGAAAACCUUCCAAGGUUCUGUGUGUGAAGAACCUGAGUGCGCAGGCAUCCAUCGCACAGCUGGUGGCGCUGUUCUCCAGAUUUGAGCAGAAGGACGGGCCUCCAGUUGUUUACCGAGUGCUGACAGGAAGGAUGAAGGGUCAGGCCUUCAUCACGCUGCCAGACACGGAAACGGCCCAAAAUGCCCUGCGGUUGGUCCAUGGAUACCGGUUGCUCGGGAAACCUUUGGUGGUUGAGUUUGGCCGCGAGCGACAGGAAGAGGAGAAACAGAUUGUGCAGGAAGGAGAGAAGGAGAUGAAAAUAAAAGAGCAAAGAAACAGAGAAAUCCAUCAGACUUGUAAAUAACAGCCUGUAAAACUG